AUGGCACUUGCGAUCAAGCACAACCAGAAGCUCGUCAACAACCACUUCCGCAAGGAUUGGCAGCGCCGGGUUCGAACCCACUUCGACCAGCCCGGCAAGAAGUCGCGGAGACGCACUGCUCGUCAGGCCAAGGCUGCUGCCCUCGCUCCUCGACCUGUCGACAAGCUCCGACCUGUUGUGCGAUGCCCUACCCUCAAGUACAACCGUCGUGUCCGCUCCGGCCGUGGUUUCACCCUGGCUGAGCUCAAGGAGGCCGGUAUCCCCAAGGCUUUCGCUCCCACCAUCGGCAUCGCUGUCGAUUUCCGCCGACAGAACCUCAGCGAGGAGUCCCUUGCCGCCAACGUCGCCCGCCUCAAGGCCUACCAGGAGCGAUUGAUCCUUCUCCCCCGCCGAUCCAACGCCCCCAAGAAGGGUGACACCAAGACCGACGUCUCCAAGAUUGAGAAGGCCUCUCAUAUCUCCGCCACUCUCCCCAUUGCCCCCACCGACAUCGCUGUCAAGGAGAUCAAGAAGGGUGACAUGCCUUCCAACAUCGAGGCCGGUGCUUACCGAACUCUCCGUGUCGCUCGUGCCAACGCCCGAUACGAGGGUGCCCGACAGAAGCGUGUGCGGGAUGCCGCCGAGGCCGAGUCGGCUAAGAAAUAA